GAGCACCCAGGCGCAGACACCUGGGUCCCAGAUGCAGCACACAGGACCCCCCGGGGGCGCGGUCUCCUCUAGAAAAGCAGCCACCCGCUCCAGGCUCGCUGUGGUGCGAGCGGCGUGAAGGGCAGCGGACGGGAUGCGAGCGCCGCGGUCGGGACAGCUCUGGGCCGCUCUGCUGGCGCUGGGGGCGCUGGCGGGCGUUGUCGUCGUCGGAGAGUCCAACAUCUGUACCACACGAGGCGUGAACUCCUGCCAGCAGUGUCUGGCUGUGAGUCCCAUGUGUGCCUGGUGCUCGGAUGAGGCUCUGCCUCAGGGCUCUCCCCGCUGUAACCUGAAGGAGAACCUGCUGAAGGAUAACUGUGCUCCAGAGUCUAUUGAGUUCCCAGUCAGUGAGGCCCAGAUCCUGGAGGCUAGACCACUCAGCAGCAAGGGCUCUGGAGACAGUGCCCAGAUCACUCAAGUCAGCCCCCAGAGGAUCGCCCUUCGACUACGGCCAGAUGAUUCGAAGAGCUUUUCACUUCAAGUGCGGCAGGUGGAGGAUUACCCCGUAGACAUCUACUACUUGAUGGACCUGUCUUACUCCAUGAAGGAUGAUCUGUCCAGCAUCCAGACCCUGGGUACCAAGUUGGCCUCUCAGAUGCGCAAGCUUACUAGCAACCUUCGGAUUGGCUUUGGGGCCUUUGUGGACAAGCCUGUAUCACCAUACAUGUACAUCUCCCCACCACAGGCAAUCAAAAACCCCUGUUACAGUAUGAAGAAUGUCUGCCUGCCCAUGUUUGGCUACAAACACGUGCUGACACUAACCGACCAGGUGACCCGCUUCAAUGAGGAAGUGAAGAAACAGAGUGUGUCCCGGAACAGAGAUGCCCCAGAGGGCGGCUUUGACGCCAUCAUGCAGGCUACAGUCUGUGACGAAAAAAUUGGCUGGAGGAAUGAUGCAUCCCAUUUGCUGGUGUUUACCACUGAUGCCAAGACCCAUAUCGCUCUGGAUGGAAGGCUGGCAGGCAUCGUCCUGCCCAAUGAUGGGCGCUGUCACAUUGGCACUGACAACCACUACUCUGCCUCCACUACCAUGGAUUACCCAUCUCUGGGGCUGAUGACUGAGAAACUAUCCCAGAAAAACAUUAACUUGAUCUUUGCAGUGACUGAAAAUGUCGUCAGCCUUUACCAGAAUUACAGUGAGCUCAUCCCCGGGACUACAGUGGGCGUCCUGUCUGACGACUCCAGCAAUGUCCUCCAGCUCAUUGUUGACGCUUACGGGAAAAUCCGCUCGAAAGUGGAGCUGGAAGUACGUGACCUCCCAGAAGAGCUGUCCCUGUCCUUCAAUGCCACCUGUCUCAACAACGAGGUCAUCCCGGGCCUCAAGUCUUGUGUAGGCCUCAAGAUUGGCGACACGGUGAGCUUUAGCAUCGAGGCCAAGGUGCGUGGCUGUCCCCAGGAGAAGCAGCAAUCUUUCACUAUUAAGCCUGUGGGCUUUAAGGACAGCCUCACGGUCCAGGUGACCUUCGACUGUGACUGUGCCUGCCAGGCCUCUUCCCAGCCUUUCAGCCCACGCUGCAACAAUGGGAACGGGACCUUUGAGUGUGGGGUGUGCCGCUGUGACCAGGGCUGGCUGGGGUCCAUGUGCGAGUGCUCCGAGGAGGACUACCGACCCUCUCAGCAGGAAGAGUGCAGCCCCAAGGAGGGCCAGCCCAUCUGCAGCCAGCGGGGCGAGUGCCUCUGUGGCCAGUGCGUCUGCCACAGCAGUGACUUCGGCAAGAUCACUGGCAAGUACUGUGAGUGUGACGACUUCUCCUGCGUCCGCUACAAGGGGGAGAUGUGCUCUGGCCACGGCCAGUGCAACUGUGGGGACUGCGUGUGUGACUCAGACUGGACUGGCUACUACUGCAACUGUACCACUCGCACCGACACCUGCAUGUCUACCAACGGGCUGCUGUGCAGUGGCCGGGGCAAUUGUGAGUGUGGCAGCUGUGUGUGCGUCCAGCCAGGCUCCUACGGAGACACCUGUGAGAAGUGUCCCACCUGCCCAGAUGCCUGCUCAUUUAAGAAGGAGUGUGUGGAGUGUAAGAAGUUCAGCCGGGGAACGCUGCAUGAGGAGAACACCUGCAACCGCUACUGCCGGGAUGACAUCGAGCCUGUGAAGGAGCUGACGGAUACCGGCAGAAAUGCGGUGAAUUGUACCUACAAGAAUGAGGAUGACUGUGUCGUCAGAUUCCAGUACUAUGAAGACACCAGUGGAAGGGCCGUCCUCUACGUGGUGGAAGAGCCGGAGUGUCCCAAAGGUCCUGACAUCCUGGUGGUCCUGCUGUCCGUGAUGGGGGCCAUCCUGCUCAUCGGCCUUGCCGCCCUGCUCAUCUGGAAGCUGCUCAUCACCAUCCACGACCGGAAGGAAUUUGCUAAAUUUGAGGAAGAACGAGCCAGAGCCAAGUGGGACACAGCAAACAACCCACUGUAUAAAGAGGCCACCUCCACCUUCACCAAUAUCACCUACCGGGGGACUUAAUGAGAAGAGGUCAUUCUUAGACCAUCAUCAGAUGACGCCAGGACUGUGGGAGUCUCUGCCAUUAUGUUUACAGAGGACAUUUUGAGUGUGUGUGGGGGGGAUUUGGGGUGUGGGUUGGGAUGGGCUGGAAGAAUGUCAGUAUGUGGGAAUGUAUCUCUGUGUGUAUACAUAUGUGUUGAGUACGGGGAGAUGUGUAACUUAAAACUUGUGAUGUGUCUCAUGGGCAGAGCUCCACAGCCUUGUCCUCAGGAUCCUUUCCCAAAGGAUUCUUCCUGCUUAGCUUGAGGGGACUCAUGAUGGCCGGCAGGUGCUUAGUACCUCUGAGGGCAUUCUCCUAGAAGGGAAGGGUAGGGCUGAGGUCCCCCAUGCCCCCAUUCCAGAGGAAGUGAUGCCAAGUGUUGGUUCUGUACCGACUUUGUAAGUUUGUGGUUCUUGGAGCUGACUGUCAGCAGCUACGGUAGGAAGUGCUUGGCGUUGAAGCUCAGUUGUCUCGUCUGUGCCUCUGCCACCUCCCCUCCCUCGGGUUAAGCAAGUCCCCAAGAGUUGUCUGUGUCUUUUGCCAACACCUCAGUCCUGCUACGGUUCUCUCAUAAGGAAAGUCCUUGUCACCUGGCUCUUUGGCCUAUUGAGCGUGAAGAUGGCAAGGCCACUCAGGGGUCAUGCAUGGCCUGGAGGGUGUGCCAGCACCUCCAAGUUCAUAAUCACAGCCAUUCAGAAUUGCCUCAUUGGUAGCUCUUCCCUGGAGAUGUGUGUAGCCGUGUCAUUGUUGUGUCAACACCAUGUCUUCCCUCCUGCUUCCACACUCUCAUGGCCACAGACUUUUGCUACGUGCUGAGGACUCUCGCAUGAUCAGACGCUUUCUCCUUGGGGAGAGUGCUGUGGUCAGAGCUGGAGGUCCAUCUCCUCUCCUGGCCUUCUGCUCCUCUUCCCAGGCACCUCCUCACACCUCACCUGUGCCUCUGUGUGCCUGCUACGCCCAGCCAUGGGGGUGAUUGUGUGUAUCUACCUCUUGGGUGUCUUGUGAAGGAGUCAUUCCCUUGAGUCUGUUGAGCAAAGUGCCGGGGAGGAGUUGAAAGGCCAGUCAGCUGCAUGUGUGGCCUGUUCUCCUGAGGGCUGGACAACCUCAUUUUAGCUCAGCCUUUAAUCUGGGAGGACGCAAGCGCAGUUUUAUUUUAUUCCCUAUGGGGACACCCAAAACUAUGAUGAGGUCCGAUCAUUCUAAGGAAUAUGUAUAUAAACAUACUUGUGUUAUUAUAUUUGUAAUUUUGUAUGAUGACAAAGGAGAACAUUAAGAAACCCAUACAGACUGUGUGGCGUACAUUCUUAGUAACUUGCCAGACAGUCUGUAAAGGGCUUCUCUCUUCCUGGAAGUUUGUGAGGAUGUGUACGUGGGCACAUCAAACCUUUCUUGAGGAGGAUAGACUGGCUGCUCUCUUGUCCCAGCAAGAGUGGUUUGCUCUGUUGGCAUUGACUUAGAUCUAAUAUUAAAGACCAAUGUCCACCACUCAGAGGAAAAAAGGCCUAAAAACAGCAUCUUGAUGGUCAGAGACCCGAGUCCUGGCCUAGGGGUUGCUGUGGAAAACAUUUGAAAGUUAAUUCAGGAAAGCCACUUUCUUUUCUUGGAGUUCAUGUUUCUUUUGGACCAGGUAACAUGGAAGGUCUAUUUUAAGUGUCAAUAUUCUUUUGAGAGAUAGGGUCUCAUGUAGCCAAGGAUGGUCUUGAACUUGCUAUGUAGCCAAGGAUGACUUGAAUUUCUGAUCCUCUGUUUCCACCUCUCAGGUGCUACAAUUACAGGCCUGAGCUUUCACGCCUGGUUUAUGCAGUGCUGGGACUAGAACUCGGGACAUCAGGCAUGCUAGGCAAGAACAUUACCAAUUGAUCUGCAUUCCCAGUUUUAGUGUCAAUAUCCUAAGAUGCUGAGAUCAAAUAAGGCAUCAAAUAUGUGGUCAAGAUCCUGUGUAUGUAUAAGGGGACUGGAAUGCUGCCCAGUAGUAGAACAAGCAGUUACGGAAUGUCCUGGGUUUGAUUCCCAGCACAGAAAACGUGUGUAUGUGUGUGUGUGUGUGUGUGUGUGGUUGUGGGGGAGAGGUGCUGUUGCUAGUGUUUGUCUUUUACUUUCAAGACUGAAUGCCUUGGUUUUCCCAAGAGCAGAUGCUGUUCUUAUAACUUGUUUCAGCGAAGUCUCAUCCCUUCUCAGACUCCCUUCAUCCCUUCUCAGAGUCCUUCAAAAGUGACAUCAGUGCAGUGGGUGCAUCUGAUGUAGUGCCUAGUUUUUGUCCACUUCAUUCUUUCUUGUUCAUUCUGCAUACAUUGGCAUCUGCGUACGGGGGAGGACUGUCAGCAAGGAGUGGCUGAUCCAGAUGUUGGUGUGGGAGGAGGCCUUGAGUACAGGAAUAAGCCAGCUGACUGUUCUGUUUUACCCUUGGGUUACUCUUGGCUUAGAUGGGGGAAUGCAGUAGAGGGGUGGGGGAAGAUGGUCAGAGAUCCAUCCUUUGGCUACUGAGGCAGAGUCCGUGAGAGUAGAGUGGGGUUCUCUUUAGAAAAGAUAGUUUAGAUGAGGAAGCUAGCAGGGGAGGAAGAGAAUAUAUUAAAAAGGUGAGAGGAAUCUUGUGUGUUUCUGGAAUGAGGCCUGUGGUGUGUGGGUGGCAGUGCUGGUCAGUACAUGGGCAUAUCUAGCUGUUCUCACUGGAGGUGGAGUCUGUGUGGAAUCCCGAGGGUGAACAUCUAAAUUUGCUCUGGCAUUGAAUAUGUAACACAGAGCAACUCUGCCUGUCUCUUCCAGGUGAUUUUUGUCCAGUCUCAGUGUCUGAGGACAAUAGGAACAAACAGAGCAUGCCUGGCAGGCUGCUCCGUUACCUCAGAGAUAUUCUGAAGCUGCCCACAUAUCAGGAUAUUUCUUCUCUUUGUUCAUUUCUGGUUGAAAUUCCUUAAGAGUCUUCCUGACACCCUCACCACCUCCUCCUGGGUUGUGUAACAGGGAAUUAAAUGUGCUUUCCAAAAGAA